AUGGAGGCAGAAAGGAGUGAAGCACAAGUGGAGGAGCCUGGACCUGUGAAUUUAGAGAUGCCCAUCGUAUCUCCUUCCAAGAGAAAGCAGCCCCUAGAGCAGAAGAGAGAAGAGAAACAGUCCUCUGAAGGUGGGGAGAACAGUGGCCCGCGUUCCAAGUCCUCUGCCAAUGGCAAAGAGAACACCUGUCCAAGUUUGGAGCCUAAGGUCCCCAGGCAGAAGCGAUCUGGGCAAAGCUGGGCUGUCUCCUCCUGCAGACCUGACAAGAGAAGUAACGAGCUGGAUGAGAAGAGGAGGGCCAGACCAUUUUCCUCCAGAGAGAUAGGAAGGGAAAAGCAUGGCUCCAGCCACAGGAGAGAUUCCUCGCACACAAAACUGCAUGUAAAGGACCGAAGACCCCAGCUAAGAUCUCCUGUGAGGACUCUGAAGCGCAGGCCCUCCGGAGACAGCUAUGUUGCCCCAUACAACUCAGCCAAGAGGCGCAGACAACCUUCUCCGGAAGCCCUCUCAUUCCCGACGUUCUCCCUGCUGAUGUCCAGAGUCUUCACCAACAUGGGUGCCUUGCAGGUGGCCCUGGACGACCUCCAAACCCCCGGAGGUGCCUUCCUGCCUGGGCCUUCCAGCAGCAGGGAGCCCACUGUCUCACAGCGCGCCUGGCUCACUUGGCAAUUGUCUCACGCGGGAGCAGCCCUGCACUGGGCUCUUCACACAGUCAAUUCCAUUUGGUCUGCACAGGCCAGCCUGCCUAGAUACACCUGGCCCUACAACCCAGGAGAGCUAAUUGGUGCACAGAGCAGGCCACUGCCCUUCACAUCUCUCAACCCUUCGUGGGUUGCAAGCGGCACCCUGGGCUGA